UACUCUGAGUUGAUACUGAAGUUUGAACAGCGCAAAGCUGAGAACAUCAAGAACAGCGUCGAUAGCUUCAUAUUUAUUCUUUCUAUAUUAUUUUAGUAAAGUAUUAAUAUUUGUCGGAGAUAUCAGGAGAAGGACGGGUACUGAAUAGAACACUGCACUACCAUAUCGAAGGAUUUUAUUUUCAUUGCUUACUUUUUGAUCCGUUGUUUCCAAGUUUAAAGGAUCUAUCAUUGUAGAGGUAAGAACACGUUUUUUAUUUUAUGGAUAAAUCAUUGCAUUGUAAACGAUCAUCUUGUGCAGAAUUUGAUCUUAUACAGAGCUGACACAUUUCACUAAGAUGUGUUAUUGAUGCCCUCAGAUAACAGAAGUGUGAAGUCUCAUAAUGAUGUUGGCUUCGCUCUUUUUACUGUUGAUGGUAUGGAACUGCGAGGGCGUCAGGUUGCCAGAAAAUCGAGAUGACAAUAGCAUCUAUGAUUUGUUUGAACUUGCUCGUGUCCCCAACAAACAUCAUGGAGUGAGUUUAGUGAAAGGUCCAGACCCUAACAGUCCAGCAUAUAAAAUUUUGAAUCCAAACCUGAUUCCCUCAGUUCCCGACAUGUCCUUCAGGGACAUAAUUGAUUCCAUUCAGACAGAAAAAGGAUUUCUUCUGUUGGCUACCUUCAAGCAAGCGAAGAAGACAAGAGGCAGUAUUUUGACCGUGGAAAAGAAAGACGGUUCUGGACCCAUUUUUGAGAUCAUCUCUAACGGCAAAGCAAACAGCCUGGAUUUAGUUUAUACUACCAUGAACAAGCAACAGGUGGUGUCCAUCGACGAUGCGUUUCUGUCCACCGGCGGCUGGAAGAACAUCACCCUAUUCGUUCAGGAAGACCGGGCGCAGUUGUUUGUAGGCUGCGAAGAGGUCAACACCGCGGAACUGGAUGCGUCCAUCCACAAAAUCCUGACCCAGCAGGUCGCGGAUUCGGCCAGGCUGAGAAUCGGGAAGGGAGCAGUAAAAGAGAGAUUCAUGGGCGUGCUCCAGAAUGUGCGAUUCGUUUUCAGAACCAGCCUUGAUGCCAUCCUGCGCAACAUGGGAUGCCAGAGCCAGAGCACCUUGACAGAGGUCAUAACUUUGGACAACCCAGUGAACGGGUCCAGCCCAGCCAUUCGCACUGACUACACCGGCCACAAAACCAAAGAUAUCCAGGGCGUGUGUGGAUUCACUUGUGAGGACCUGGAGAGCAUGUUUAAAGAACUCAAGGGACUCGGCUUGGUGGUGAAGCAGCUGUCCAACGAGCUCCGUGAAGUGACUAAAGACAACGAGCUGAUCAAGACCACCAUGAGGAUCCACAACGGUGUGUGCCUCCACAACGGCAUCGUCUACAAGGACCUUGACGAGUGGACGGUGGACGCUUGUACCGAGUGCACGUGUCAGAAGUCUGCCACCGUAUGCCGGAGGAUCUCCUGCCCGCUCGUGCCCUGCCAGAAUGCCGUCGUGCCGGAGGGUCAGUGCUGCCCGCGCUGCGACGAAGUCAACACUGAAGGCGCAGGCUGGUCCCCGUGGUCAGAGUGGACCCAGUGCUCUGUCACCUGUGGAAGGGGCAUCCAGACCCGCGGACGCUCCUGCGACCGCAUCACCAACAGCUGUGGGGGCUCCUCUGUGCAGACCCGCGACUGCUUCCUGCAGGAGUGCGACAAACGCUUCAAACAAGAUGGAGGCUGGAGCCACUGGUCUCCCUGGUCCUCCUGCUCGGUCACCUGUGGAGAGGGCGUCAUCACCCGCAUCCGCCUGUGCAACUCCCCCACCCCACAGUUGGGGGGCAAGGAGUGCGAGGGAGAGGGCCGCGAAAACAAGCUGUGCCAGCAAGUGCAGUGUCCGAUCAACGGAGGCUGGGGCCCCUGGUCCCUGUGGGAUACCUGCUCAGUCACCUGUGGUGGUGGCAGUCAGUCCAGACAGCGCCUCUGCACAGACCCUGCUCCCAAGUUCGGAGGAAAAGACUGUCUGGGCAAAGCUAAGGAUACUCAGCAGUGCAGCACUGACGUCUGCCCCAUCGAUGGCUGUCUGUCCAGUCCGUGCUUCUCUAGAACUAAGUGCACCAGUUUCGCUGAUGGAAGCUUCAAGUGUGGCGAGUGCCCAUCAGGCUACUCUGGAGACGGCAUUACCUGCACGGACAUUGAUGAGUGUAAAGUGGUUCCUGACGCUUGCUUCACACUUAACGGAGUUCAUCGCUGUGAGAACACUGAGCCAGGGUACAACUGCUUACCCUGCCCUGCACGCUACUCUGGCCCCCACCCCUACGGCAGGGGAGUGGAGGAAGCCACUGCCAAAAAGCAGGUGUGCGUACCACGCAACCCUUGCAAGGAUGGGACCCACGACUGCAACAAGCAUGCCAACUGCAUCUACCUGGGCAUCUUCUCCGACGCCAUGUACCGCUGUGAGUGCAAACCUGGUUUUGCUGGUAACGGGCACAUCUGCGGCGAAGACACUGACCUGGAUGGCUGGCCCAACCGAGACCUCCUUUGUGUCACCAAUGCCACCUACCACUGCAAGAAGGACAACUGCCCCAGACUUCCCAACUCAGGCCAAGAAGACUACGACAAAGACGGCCUCGGAGAUGCUUGCGAUGAUGAUGAUGACAAUGAUGGGAUCCCUGAUGAUAGGGACAAUUGCCAGUUCAUCUUCAACCCAACACAGUACGACGAUGACCGUGAUGAUGUUGGUAACCUCUGUGACAACUGCCCAUAUGAGCCUAACACAGAUCAAAUCGACACUGACAAUAAUGGAGAGGGAGACGCUUGUGCUGUUGACAUUGAUGGCGAUGGUAUCCUGAACGAGAAGGACAACUGCCCCUACGUGUACAAUGUUGACCAGAGAGACAGUGACAGAGAUGGAGUUGGUGACCACUGUGACAACUGCCCUCUUGAACACAACCCUGACCAGACUGAUUCUGACUCAGAUCGCGUGGGGGACAAAUGCGACAGCAACGAAGACAUUGACGAGGAUGGUCACCAGAAUAACUUGGACAACUGCCCUUACAUUCCCAAUGCCAACCAGGCCGACCACGACAAAGACGGCAAGGGAGAUGCCUGUGACCACGAUGACGACAAUGACGGCGUUCCAGAUGAGAAGGACAACUGCAGGCUGGCAUUCAAUCCUGACCAGAUUGAUUCUGAUGGCGAUGGUCGUGGAGAUAUUUGUAAGGAUGACUUUGACCAGGACAAUGUGCUGGACAUCGAUGAUGUCUGUCCCGAGAACUUUGCCAUCAGUGAGACGGACUUCCGCAGGUUCCAGAUGGUUCCACUGGACCCCAAGGGCACCUCUCAGAUCGACCCCAACUGGGUGGUUCGUCACCAGGGCAAAGAGCUGGUGCAGACAGUCAACUGUGAUCCUGGCAUUGCUGUUGGUUAUGAUGAGUUCAAUGCUGUGGACUUUAGUGGUACCUUCUUCAUCAACACCGACCGCGACGACGACUAUGCAGGCUUUGUCUUCGGCUACCAGUCCAGCUCACGGUUCUAUGUGGUGAUGUGGAAGCAGAUCACGCAGACCUACUGGUCCCAUCACCCAACCAAAGCCCAGGGUUACUCCGGCCUGUCCAUCAAGGUGGUCAACUCCACCACUGGACCAGGAGAGCAUCUGAGGAAUGCCUUGUGGCACACAGGAGAUACCGCAGGACAGGUGCGCACCCUGUGGCACGACCCCAAGAACAUUGGCUGGAAGGACUACACUGCCUACAGAUGGCAUCUGAUCCACAGACCCAAGACUGGACACAUUAGAGUGAUCAUGUAUGAAGGCAAGAAGAUCAUGGCCGAUUCUGGAGCCAUCAAUGACAAGACAUAUGCUGGUGGAAGACUAGGUCUUUUUGUCUUCUCUCAGGAGAUGGUUUACUUCUCAGACCUGAAGUAUGAAUGCAGAGAUUCAUAAUUCAACCAAGAUGGCCGCCUCCACGUGAAUGUGCCUUUAUGUACAAAUCUAAACAUGUAAUGUAUGUUUUGGACCAUAUAUCUAUCACUCCUCCCUUUGGACCAAGAGAGGGGUGAGCGGCUAUGAAGUUACUUGACUAUGGGAUGUCUGACGGUUGACUGCUGGAUGAAGAUACUAAAACCCCUGCAUCUUGGCAGGUAGUGCCUUGGGGAGCACAAACUUCCCCCACUCUCCCAAUCUUUGGGAGAUCUCUUUCUUUCAACCCUGCAUUGCACAGAAAGGGGUUCUAAAACAUGUCUUUGAACUUCUGAACUAGCCAGCAUCCCUCUCUUCAACCAAUGUCAAAGAGAUGUGUUAUCCUCUGAUCUGCUGUUGACUAUGUUCAUAAAAGAUCAACUUGUUUCAAAAUGAAGAAAGCAAUAUUAGUUUUGUUUUGACCACUCAUUUCAUAGUAGAAGUAGAAGUGUUUGAUGGCCCCUUGAAAGAUUUACUAAGGAAUUAUAAUACAGAGUAGAACAGAUCGACCUAUUAGGAGAGGGUUAAUCUCAAAUUGAGACCCUACCAAACCGAAAAUCUCACACACAAACGAUUGGACUGCUCUAGUCAAAUUCCCUAGCUUUUAGAGUAAUUUGAUACAAAUGAGAAUAAACCAAAAACCUGCUGGCGAACCAACCUAAAUGGCGAACCAGAACUAGGAUCCCUCUCAAGUCCAAAAAAAAAAAAACAAUACUGAAAACUGAGUCACGUUAAUCAGAGUAGCAAUUUGAAAGUUUCUGCAGAGGGACCUUGAAAGUGUGUAGUACACACACAGACAGAGCAGGAGCGGACACCCAGACAGUAUGUGACUCGGAACUGGCCCAAAUCAGGACUAUCCAUUUCUGAAUGAAUAAUCACUUGCUAUCUGGGCAUUUUAGUUAGGGGGUGAAGAGGAAGAAAGACAAGGACGUUAAAGGGAGAGGAGAGGUACAAGCUGAAAUUAGAACUUUUUUGGCAUUUUUGUAUGUUUAAGAAAAGGACCAGAUUUUGUUAGGUUGUAAAUAAGUACAUAUUUAUUGUAUAUGUUGAUUGCUGAUGUAAAAGGGUUCAGAUGCUUUCUGGCAUCUAGUAUCCUUACUCAUCUCAUUGUCCUUUGUCAGAGAAGUUAACAACAUGGCAUUAACGUUGAAGUUAAACUGGAAAACAAAGGGAAAAUCCACCAUCUGCUCUAGAAUUCAGUAUUAUCAUCUUUCAAUGGCAAUAAGGUAAUUACGCAUCUUCUUGUUUUUGCUUACAACAUCCAUUCUACAGUCUUGUACUCGUAACUAGUGUGUCUGAGUAUGCUCUACAUUUGAGUAAACGCAAUGUACAAAUAUUACCUCAAUGAUGUACAAUUGAAACCAAAAACACGUAUCUUGGAGCUGCAGUAUAUACAAUGGUUGGCUUUGUAAUUGCUACUGUAGUACAAUCAUAUUUUUAGCCUGUAUAUAAUACAAAGUAUUUUUUUGUAGCAGACAGUUCCCAACAUAAGAAGAAUUGACUAGUUUUUAUAAAUAUGUUGUGCUUUAUAUAUGUCUGAUGAUGCCUUUUUUUAAAGUAAAUAAGUUAUUGUAAUGAUUUAUUUCGAGAAGUUAUUUGAUGUGUGUAGAUAUAUGCUAUUUAAAUAAUUUAUCAAGAAACACGACCUGAUGUGGAAAUGUUUCUGUCUGUAUAAACUGUUUGCACACUGACAUGAGGUUGUUUUUGUUUUGUGUUUUAGUUUUUCGAUAUUUUUUCUUUUCUUUUUUUUAUUACUAUUGAUGCUUAUAUUUAAGUAUUUGUACCAGUUUUAUCGACAAAAAGGGCUGUUUUGACCCAUACCAUGUAAUUUGUAAUGUCAAUGAAACAAUAAAUAAUUCCAAGAAAGAAUUUCAAAA